GCCCAACUUCCGCCCGUCCGCGGGCCGCCGGCAGUAGCGAAGCUGAAGAAGUCGCGGCCGGCGAGCGUCCUCCUUUCUCCUUCGCGUUUCCUCUGAUUCAAGCCGGCCGGCCCAGGUUUCGCUCUGCCGAGCCGGCAGCCCACGGCGCGGCCGACAUGAGCUUCUUGUUUGGUAGUCGCUCCUCUAAAACUUUUAAACCAAAGAAGAACAUCCCAGAGGGGUCUCACCAGUAUGAGCUCUUAAAACAUGCAGAAGCCACACUUGGCAGUGGCAACCUCCGCAUGGCUGUCAUGCUUCCUGAGGGAGAGGAUCUGAAUGAGUGGGUUGCAGUUAACACUGUGGAUUUUUUCAAUCAAAUCAAUAUGCUUUAUGGAACUAUCACGGACUUCUGUACAGAGGAGAGCUGUCCGGUGAUGUCAGCUGGACCAAAAUAUGAGUAUCAUUGGGCAGAUGGAACAAACAUAAAAAAGCCCAUUAAGUGCUCUGCACCAAAGUACAUUGAUUACCUGAUGACUUGGGUUCAGGACCAGCUGGAUGAUGAGACAUUAUUUCCAUCAAAGAUUGGUGUUCCAUUCCCGAAGAAUUUCAUGUCAGUGGCAAAAACAAUACUCAAACGACUCUUUAGAGUUUAUGCUCACAUUUAUCACCAACAUUUUGACCCUGUGAUCCAGCUUCAGGAGGAAGCACAUCUGAACACGUCUUUCAAGCACUUUAUUUUUUUUGUUCAGGAGUUCAACCUGAUUGACAGAAGAGAACUUGCACCACUCCAAGAACUGAUUGAAAAACUCACCUCAAAGGACAGAUAAAAGGAUGAAAAGCUGUGCAAAUUCUCCCUCAAGUGGAGCUAUGUAGAGUGUACUUGGGUGUUGUUAUAUUUUGUUUUUGUCGGGAUUGCUUCUGUUUUAGGUUUGGGGCUUGCUUGGGUUACCUUUUUUUCUCUUCUGAAUAUAUAAAAUCAUACUCUGUUGCUAGAGGAGCCAGGAACCUUCUCUACAGUUGAAAGGGGCAAGUUUUGUCUUGGUGGUGUACAGUGUUUUUAUAUUACUUUUAUUAACCUGAUUUUGUUUAUUGAGGACUUUCUAUGAUAUUGUAUGCUGAAAACAAAUGGUGAUGGAUUAGAUACCGUGUGUAAAUUGUGGCCCACUUUGAAGUCCCUCAAAAAGACUUACAUGUUUUUAAGUGCCUUGAUAGGCUCACUUCUGAGGUGCAAAGCACAGAUACAGGACUGAACAGAACUUGAAACAAUAUUAGAAUUUCUAUCUAGGGCACUUACUUGUGCAUGUUGUAAAGUAAUCUGUUAUAAAAGCCAUAGUCUACUCAAAUUGAUGUCCAGCUUUUACUACAUUGAAAAAACAUAAUUUGUAAAGUUGUGCAUGUAGAACAUAAAUGUAAAACAACUAAAAUUAUUUCUUAAUUAUUUUUGCCGUAAUUUGUAAAGGUGUGCAUGUAGAACAUAAAUGUAGAACAACAAAAAUUUUAAUUAUUAUUAUUUUUUCUUAAUACAAAACAAAUAAUGUAGCUGCCUGAGAACUCAGAAGUGCUGUCUCAGAAGUCAGUAGUCACUGUGCUGAGGCAUAACCUGGAGGGCUUGGGGCCCAGGUGGCAGUGAUGGGGCAGUAGUGGAAUGCAGUGAUUUAACUUGGUCAGGAAUUAUGAGGUAGCCAUGUUCCUGUGAAUAGAAACAGGAAAGCUCAGAGGGCAAUGAAGUAGUGGCCCCCAAACAACUCUUAUUUUAUAAAUUCUCAUAAUAUUCAAACCGGGCUAACAGUGCCAAAUCUUCCCAAAUCUGCUCACGAUCAUUCAUGAUAACGAUCUUCUUGUUCUCAGGAUCGUCAUCCGUGGAACUCCAUCCAGGGGCCUUGUCCCCUAACAGACAAUCAGAGUGCUGUAAUUGAGCUCCGCACUGAGUGACAAAACCAUGAGGCUGUAUCCACGAGGAUAGUAACUAAGUGCUGCCCACAGCCCUUCAUUUAAGUGAUCUUGAUUUCCUCCAGCUGUCUGGGAUUUAACUCCUGCUGUCUCAGCGGCUUGGGGUGGUGAGCAUUGGCAUUCACUUCUGGGGGAUUUUGAGAGGCCAGGCAUGAAGGCAGGAUUGGAUGCAUUCCUGGGGAAGUGAAGGGCAUAGACUUUGUAGUUGAUUGCUUCGAUCGACCCUGUGGAGACUCAGGGAUUGGAGAGCUGUCUGGUUCCUAAUGCCGUAGGGCUGUUUCUAGCUGACCCUGCUAGCCCACCCGUCCUGGUCUGGACCAGCUUGAAGAUCCAAAGCACUGAGUACAU